GCUUUCCAGCCAAAGUAACCCGGAAAUUCAAGAAUAAUAAGAUCAAUAUUCAUUCAAUUUCAAUAUCAACAUUUAAGCUGAAUAUUUAUUGCGACAAUGCAAUCAUGAGUUCAUGAGUACUAAAGCGGCAUGAAAAUAAGUGUAAAGUUGAUAUAGACAUGCACUUUUCGUAUGAUAAGAAACAACCACCUAUCUCGCUAUAUCUUGCAUCGUGCAUAUAGUGUGUAUAUAUAUAUAUAUAUAUAUAUAUACCUAUAUGAUUCCAACCGGACGUCAGCUGUCUCUGCAUGUCUGUAUAUAUAGAUAGAGGUCAAUGGAGCGACACAGCGUUCGUUAACGAAUUGUUGCUUUCAUUUAAUUAUUUCAAUUGGUAUACCUAAAGGUUGAGUUUAUUCAUAAAAAUAUUUAAAAUGAGUUCCGCUCCACCAGCACCAGGAGCUACCGCUGCUGCUGCUGCUGCUGCAUCGGCUCCAAAGCCAAAUCCUAUACCACCGCAAAUACAAGAGUUUAGCAUCCGAGUUCCAAAAAAUAAUAAAAAGAAGCACAAUGUAAUGAGAUUUAAUGCAGUACUAAAAGUCGACUUUAAGGAGUGGAAGAAUGUAAAAUUAGAAAGAGAAAAUAACAUGAAAGACUUUAGAGGGGCAGACGAGGAAAUGCCCAAGUUUGGAGCUGGUUCAGAGUUUGGUAGAGAUGCCAGAGAAGAGGCAAGGAGGAAAAAGUUUGGUAUCACUAGUAGAAAAUACAAACCGGAUGAUCAGCCUUGGAUACUUAAAGCCAAUGGAAAAACUGGAAAAAAGUUCAAGGGUAUUCGAGAGGGUGGCAUCAGUGAGAAUGCAGCUUAUUACGUCUUUACUCAUGCUCCUGAUGGAGCUAUUGAGGCAUUUCCUCUGCAUGAAUGGUACAACUUCCAGCCUAUACAAAGGUACAAAGCUCUCAGUGCUGAAGAGGCAGAAAUAGAAUUCAGUCGACGAAAUAAGGUGAUGAAUUUCUUCUCGCUCAUGUUGAGAAAAAGAUUACGCAAUGAUGAAGAGGGUGGUGAAGAUGGUGAAUUAUUAGAAGGAGAAAAGGGAAAGAAACCAAGCAAGAGUCAGAAAGACUUGAAAAUUUCGGAAAUGGACGACUGGAUGGAUAGCGAUGACGAUGAUGAUUCGGAUAGUGACGAUAAGGAAGAAAAAAAGAAAUCUGACGAUGAAGACGAUAAAAAAAAGAAGAAGAAAGGUGCUGCCAAAAAAAAGAAGAAAAAAAAUGCGUCUGACGAUGAGGCUUUUGAAGAGAGCGAUGACGGAGACGAGGAAGGAAGGGAAUGCGAUUACAUAUCUGAUUCAUCUGCCUCUGAAUCCGAGCUCGAGUCUCAAAAGGAAAUAAAAUCUGUCGCAGAAGAGGAUGCUCUAAGAAAAUUACUAGCAUCUGAUGAAGAAGACGAGGACGAAGAAGAGAAGGAAAAGAAGGAUGACGCUGAGAAAUCUGACGAAGCAGAUGGCGAUAAGGACGACAAAGACAAGGACAAACCAGGCAAGAGCAAUGAGAAGAAGAGCAAAGAUAAGAAUGCUAAAAAAGGAAAAAAGAAAGACGGCACUGACUCUUCUACCGAUGCCGAGUCCGGGCCCGAUCAGAAGCCAGCGAGCACACAAAGUUCCAGAUCAGCCACACCAACGAUCGCUAACGCUGGUCCAUCUGAGUCACGGAAGAGACCUUUGAACAGUUCGCCAGAUCCUUUGACGUCAAAAAAGAUAAAAAUGGAAAGUAACUACAUACCGUCUUCGUACAUUGCCGGAGCAAACGAAUCGGGAAUAACAGAAGAUGCAGUCAGGCGCUACUUGAUGCGCAAGCCAAUGACAACAACGGAGCUUCUGCAGAAGUUCAAAUCCAAAAAGACUGGCCUUUCGACCGAGCAAAUAGUACCUAUAAUGACGAAGAUUUUAAAGAACAUAAACCCUAUCAGUCAGAAGAUCAAGGGCAAGAUGUACUUAUCUAUCAAGGCGCAGCAUUAGUAGUCGCAUGGAGAUGCCGCUGAAGCGUUAGUUUCGUAUACUGCGUUUCCAAGAAGACAAUUUGUAAAAAUGUUGAUCGUUAAAAGACUGUACAUUUUUUUGUAUUAUUUUCAAAAGCCAAAUCUACGUAACUCAACGUUAAAAAGGUGUAACUAUAAGUAGCGAUGAAUUUAUGAUUGAAGAUAAAUUCUAUGUUUGCAAGGACAGUUUGUAAAGCGCUUUUAUAAAUUGUACAAUUCUUGUACGAUUCUUGUAAAAAAUAAUCAUGUUGAUUUCUAUUCCUUUAAAGACACUAUUAGUCAAAUAAAGCACUUAAAAAGAA